CCAUGCCUCCCCCUUUAUGCCCCCUUAGGACCAGUCGCUGGGAAAUUGGCAGAUCAAGCGCCAGAAUGGAGAAGACGCACCCAUUUGCUACAGGUUCCCCCCCAAGUUCACCUUGAAGGCCGGCCAGCUGGUCACGAUCUGGGCUGCGGGUGCAGGCGUGUCCCACAACCCCCCCACGGACAUGGUCUGGAAGAACCAAAGCUCCUGGGGGUCCGGCGACAGCUUACGCACAGCACUGCUGACCUCCAGCGGGGAGGAGGGGGCCAUGCGGAAGCUGGUGCGCACGGUUGUUGUCAAUGAUGACGAUGAAGAGGAUGACGAGGAUGGCGCCACGGCCACCACCACCACAGCCACUGCAGUGCCAGCGGAGAUCCGGGCGAGUACAACCUGCGUUCUCGCACAGUGUUGUGUGGCACAUGUGGGCAGCCGGCAGAGAAGUCAUCCGGGGGCACGAAUGUGGGCACCAGCACCAUGUCCACCGGCUCCUCCUCCUCCAGCUUGACCAUCACGCGCAGCUACCGCAGUGGAGGCACCAACCUCGGGAGAGCC